ACCGUCUUCCUCUGUCUUUCGUUAAUUAAUGGAAUCAUUAUAUCAAGAAGCGAACAAAUUGUUGAUGGAAGUUGAGAGUCACAUAUCAUCUCUAGGGCACUCGUAUUCGCCUCAACUUGAGCAGGAAAUUGAGGGUAAAUUAGAGGAGUUGUUCUCUGAUAUUCAGAGGUUGGAGCAGAUGGUCGCUAAAGAACCACCUUCCAGGAAGCAGAGCGCCAAACUACGAGUUGAACAAUUGUCAUAUGAUUGUCAGCAUGUACAUAGUACUCUUAGGACGUUCCAACAGAAACAGCGGCUCAAGGAAAAGGAAGAGCACGAUAGGAAUGAAUUGUUGUGAAGGAGAUUUACAGCAAAUGUAUGGAUGUACACACACACACACGCGCGCGCGUGCGUCCACGCGUGCGCACACACACACACACACACACACACACACGCACACACACGCACUUGACUACAGCUGCCAGUGUCUGGCCACGCUGCCCCAUAUAUGGGGAGAGCUGAAAGAUGAGGUAGUUACUGUCUGU